CCCGCUGUCACUGGGCCGGGCCGGGCGUCGGAGAGUCCCAGCCUCGCGGGGAGCGGGCGCGCGUGGCCGCCUGGGGCCGCGGGCCGUCCUCUCAGGUCUCGGAGGGCGGCCGCCCCGGGGCUCCGCGAUGGCUGAGCUGCUGCGGACGCGCGCGGGAAAAUCUAACUGCUGCUCGCUUCGACCUCUGACCUUUUUCCUGGUCGCCUUCCUCCUGGUCUUCUUUGGCAUGGGGGUCCUGAGCCCGAGAAUCCUGAUGCCGAGGACCAGGCCCAAAGGAGAAGGGAUGCUGUACCCGCAGCCCGCGGUGCUGACGCCCUCGAGGAAAGACGUCCUCGUCCUGACCCCGUGGCUGGCGCCCAUCGUCUGGGAGGGGACCUUCAACAUCGACAUCCUGAACGAGCAGUUCCGGCUCCAGAACGUCACCGUCGGCCUCACCGUGUUUGCCAUCAAGAAGUACGUGGUCUUCCUGAAGCUGUUCCUGGAGACGGCCGAGCAGCACUUCAUGGUGGGGCACAGGGUCAACUACUACGUCUUCACCGACCGGCCGGCCGACGUGCCCCGCGUGGCGCUGGGGGAGGGCCGCCGCCUGGUGCUGCUCCAGGUCCCGGGCGCCGCGCGCUGGCAGGACGUGUCCAUGCGCCGCAUGCAGAUGAUCAGCGACUUCUGUGAGCGGCGCUUCCUGCGGGAGGUGGACUUUCUCAUGUGCGUGGACGUGGACAUGCGCUUCCGCGACCACGUGGGCGUGGAGAUCCUGUCCCCGCUCUUCGGCACCCUGCACCCCGGCUUCUACGGGGCGGCCCGCCAGGCCUUCACCUACGAGCGCCGGCCGCAGUCCCAGGCCUACAUCCCCCCGGACCAGGGCGACUUUUACUACAUGGGGGCCCUCUUUGGGGGGUCGGUGUCCGAGGUUCACCGGCUCACCGCGGCCUGUCACCAGGCCAUGAUGGCCGACCGCGCCAAUGGCAUCGAGGCCGUUUGGCACGACGAGAGCCACCUGAACCGGUACCUGCUGGACCACAAGCCCACCAAGGUGCUGUCCCCGGAGUACCUGUGGGACGAGCAGCUGCUGGGCUGGCCGGCCGUCAUGCGGAAGCUGAGGUUCGUGGCCGUGCCCAAGAACCACCAGCAAAUCCGCAACUGAGGGGUGCACUGGGGGCCAUGCUCCCUCAGGGCCCCCAGAUUGGAACCUUUAUGGCCCUGGGCACGCCUGCACUUCCCUCUUCUGUCCUGUGGGGGGAGACUGUCGAGGCCUGGAGUGGCCUGGCCAUCCGCUCCCACUGGGCGCUCCUCAGGCCCUUCAGCUCAGGUGAGGCAGGUGGUCCCGGCCCCACCUGACAGACGGGGGAAGGGGGGGUCGCAGGGGCCCAGAUGAAGUCACUCCCAGGGAAGGCAUGGCCCCCCGUGUGCAGAAAACUCUGGAAAGCUAGUGUUUCCAAAGGGAUGAGGGCACGUGUGCACUUCCAACGAAAGGAAGCGGAGGCCCCGGCGCGCCCCGGAGAGAAGGGGGCAGGGC